ACAGCGGCUCCGAGGGGAAACGGCGGCGGGGCCGAGCGGGGCGCGCCGGGGGCGCCGACAGGCCCGCAGAGGUGGCGGCGGCAGCAGCACCGGGCGGGCCCCAGCCAUGGCCGACGACCUGAAGCGGUUCCUGUACAAGAAGCUGCCGAGUGUUGAAGGUCUUCAUGCUAUUGUGGUCUCAGACAGAGACGGUGUGCCUGUUAUCAAAGUUGCCAAUGAUAAUGCUCCAGAACAUGCACUGCGACCUGGCUUUCUGUCCACCUUUGCCCUUGCCACAGAUCAGGGCAGUAAAUUAGGACUUUCUAAAAACAAAAGUAUCAUCUGCUACUACAAUACGUACCAGGUGGUGCAGUUCAAUCGCUUGCCUUUGGUAGUGAGUUUCAUUGCUAGCAGCAAUGCCAAUACCGGGCUGAUUGUAAGUUUAGAGAAGGAGCUCACGCCCCUGUUUGAAGAACUGAGGCAGGUUGUUGAAGUUUCUUAACCUAAUGGUAUAGCCAGAGUGCAGCAUUCCUCUGCAGCCCAGUGGACAGAAGGAUUCAAUAAUCAUCAGUCAAAUAACACGUCUCAGAAGAAAUAUCACAGCUCCUUAGUAUACUAAGUAAGAGUAAAUUGUACAUAGUACUGAAUCUGAAAUGAUCUACUAGUGUGUUGUAGGUGGAUGUUACUUUAGGCCGUGCUUCUUGUAUUGUGCAGUACUGGAGAGACCACCAAAAUAGCUCCCAUGGAGUUUAGCUGAGCCAGAUCGGCACAACGCUGUUGGCUCAGACAAGCAACCCACAGAUCCUUUGCUUUACAGGGAACCAGGCACACAGCAGGGUGUAUCCUCAGGCCGGCCACUGCUACAUGGUGGAGAGCAGAUCAGUUGUGUAGUGUGAUCAAGGACAUGGUUGAAAGCAUAUUGGGAGAGCAGGUUUAUUAGCAGUGAUGUGUCGGUACAAUCAAUAAAUAUCUUGGCUUUCUUACAUGGGUGAUGCUUUGGCAAGGGUGUGCUACUAAUCUGGAUGCUAGCUGCAUCCUGCUUCCACUAAGAAGAAAGCUGUUUCUAUGGAAGCUGUCGCUUUAGGAGGUUUCCUGAUGCCCAGCUGAAAGCACCCAAACCAUGUCUCACUUCUUCACAGGUUUUUUUGUGUAAUAUGGUUGUGAAGAUCUCAUGUCUCAGUCUUUGUGUGGCUUCAUCACUGGUGACACUCUCAGCUCAUUUACUCUUAGGUUUUCAUAAGUAAAUAUAAAUAAAAUACAGUAUUUUUAAAUGACA